AUGUUAAGAAGACAAGCCCGUGAAAGGAGAGAAUAUUUAUAUAGAAAAGCACAAGAAUUACAAGAUUCUCAACUGCAACAAAAACGUCAAAUAAUUAAACAGGCACUAGCUCAGGGGAAGCCGUUACCAAAGGAACUAGCAGAAGACGAGAGUUUACAAAAGGAUUUUAGAUAUGAUCAAAGUUUAAAGGAGGGCGAAGAAGCGGAUGAUCUACAGGUUGAUGAUGAAUAUGCUGCCACAAGUGGUAUAACGGAUCCAAGAAUUAUCGUCACAACAUCUCGUGACCCAAGCACUCGUCUCUCGCAAUUUGCUAAGGAAAUUAAACUUUUAUUUCCGAAUGCUGUCAGGCUGAACAGAGGUAAUUAUGUGAUGCCAAACCUAGUGGAUGCUUGUAAAAAAUCCGGUACCACAGAUUUGGUAGUAUUGCAUGAGCAUAGAGGUGUUCCAACUUCUUUGACCAUAUCACAUUUCCCACAUGGACCCACUGCACAGUUUAGUUUACACAAUGUUGUUAUGAGGCAUGAUAUCAUAAAUGCUGGUAACCAAAGUGAAGUGAAUCCACAUCUAAUAUUUGAUAACUUUACUACCGCUUUAGGUAAAAGAGUAGUCUGUAUUUUAAAACAUUUGUUCAAUGCAGGGCCUAAAAAAGAUUCCGAAAGAGUAAUUACAUUUGCGAAUAGGGGUGAUUUCAUUAGUGUUAGACAACAUGUAUAUGUGAGAACAAGAGAGGGUGUAGAGAUUGCCGAAGUUGGACCUAGAUUCGAAAUGAGACUGUUUGAACUGAGGUUGGGAACUUUAGAAAACAAGGACGCUGAUGUUGAGUGGCAAUUGAGAAGAUUCAUAAGGACUGCUAACAAGAAAGACUAUUUGUGA